UACUUUCGGUGAUAAUAAAAGUGAUUUCUUUUCUGGAAAAGGAAGACACUUUGAUAAAGAAACGACGUCGCUUUGGUUCGUCGUCAGGUACAGAUGUUUUGUGGGAAAACGUGAGCCAACCCACGUUUCAAGAGAGAGAGAGAGAGAGAGAACAACUGCAUCAUACAUUACUAUUCUAGUGUUGCUGUAAUCUUCUUCUUCUUCACCAGAUUGGUCACUGUUGGGAAGAUGAGCAAAGUUGUAUGGAUCGUAGGGAUUCUUCUAUGGAUGUGUUGUGUGUGGGUUUGUAAUGGGCAGGGAGAGUAUGUGCUGUACAAGGACCCCAACCAGAAGGUUUCAGAUCGAGUUGUGGACUUGUUGGGUAGAAUGACUCUUGAAGAGAAGAUUGGUCAGAUGGUUCAGAUUGACAGAAGUGUUGCCACUAUCAACGUAAUGAGAGAUUACUUCAUCGGAAGUGUAUUGAGUGGUGGUGGGAGUUCUCCACUCCCUCAGGCAACUGCUCAGAAUUGGGUUGAUAUGAUAAACGAAUAUCAAAAGGGAGCUCUUGUUAGCCGUCUGGGCAUUCCUAUGAUAUAUGGCAUUGAUGCCGUUCACGGCCAUAACAAUGUCUACAACGCUACCAUCUUCCCUCACAAUGUUGGUCUUGGAGCCACCAGGGAUCCUGACCUGGUAAAGAGGAUUGGAGCAGCAACUGCAGUCGAAGUCAGAGCCACUGGGAUUCCAUACACCUUUGCUCCUUGCAUUGCAGUUUGUAGAGAUCCUAGAUGGGGUAGGUGUUAUGAGAGCUACAGCGAGGAUCACAAAGUUGUGGAAGACAUGACUGAUGUCAUACUUGGUUUACAAGGAGAGCCUCCUUCCAACUAUAACCACGGAGUUCCAUUCGUUGGUGGAAGGGAUAAAGUUGCAGCGUGUGCCAAGCAUUAUGUGGGAGAUGGUGGGACAACCAGAGGAGUCAACGAGAACAACACAGUGACUGAUCUACACGGUCUUCUCAGCAUUCACAUGCCUGCUUACGCUGAUGCAAUUUACAAAGGCGUUUCCACUGUGAUGGUUUCUUAUUCUAGCUGGAAUGGUGAGAAGAUGCAUGCCAAUACUGAGCUCAUUACAGGGUAUCUGAAAGGUACCCUUAGGUUUAAGGGUUUUGUUAUUUCGGAUUGGCAAGGCGUUGAUAAGAUAUCAUCACCGCCGCAUUCUAACUACACAGCUUCUGUCCGAGCUGCAAUCCAGGCUGGCAUUGACAUGGUCAUGGUCCCUUUCAACUUCAACGAGUUCAUCAAUGAUCUUCUCUCCUUGGUGAAGAGCAAAGCAAUCCCCAUCACACGGAUUGAUGAUGCUGUCAGCAGAAUCCUCCUUGUCAAGUUCACCAUGGGUCUCUUUGAGAACCCUUUGGCUGAUUACAGCUUUUCAAAUGAACUAGGAAGCCAGGCACAUAGAGACUUGGCAAGGGAGGCUGUUAGGAAGUCUCUUGUGCUGCUGAAAAACGGGAACAAAACUAAUCCUAUGCUCCCACUUCCAAGGAAGGCUUCAAAGAUCCUUGUUGCUGGUACUCAUGCUGAUAAUUUAGGUUACCAAUGUGGUGGUUGGUCCAUAACUUGGCAAGGGUUGAGCGGCAACAAGAACACAAGGGGAACUACAAUUCUUGGCGCUAUACAAUCAGCUGUUGAUCAAAGCACUGAAGUUGUCUUCAGCCAAAAUCCAGGUGCUGAGUUCAUCAAGUCGAACAACUUUUCUUACGCGAUCAUUGCCGUUGGUGAGCCUCCAUAUGCAGAGACAGCUGGAGAUAGCGACAAGCUAACUAUGAUGGAUCCUGGUCCAGCCAUCGUAACCUCCACUUGUCAGGCUGUCAAAUGCGUGGUUGUGGUCGUUUCAGGCAGACCGCUUGUGAUGGAACCUUACGUUGCUUCCAUCGAGGCGUUGGUUGCAGCUUGGUUACCGGGAACAGAAGGGCAAGGUAUCACUGAUGCUCUUUUUGGAGACCAUGGCUUCAGUGGGAAGCUUCCUGUUACAUGGUUCAGAAACACGGAGCAGUUGCCUAUGAGCUAUGGAGAUUCACCUUAUGACCCGCUCUUUGCUUAUGGUUCUGGUCUUGAAACUGAGUCUGUUGCUAGCAUUGUCGCUAGGUCAACGUCAGCUUCUGCUGCUAGCACAAAACCAUGCUUAGUCACAGUCCUUUGUCUGUUUCUCUUCCCAAGCCUAAGCCGAGUUUUUCAGAAGAUGAAAAGCUACAAAAGUUUGGAGUAAGAUCAGAUCAUUCUUUCGGUUAUUACCUAAUCAUGAGAGUUUCUUUUGGCAGCGUAGGUUUGUUCUUGUAGCAUUAGCUAAAGAGAUCCUGAAAUGUACCAUGUUAUCUGUGUGUUGUCGCAACCUGGAACAUUCUUGGAUGUUUAAAAUGGAAAGUUCUUCUUUAUAAACUAAGACGAUUCUCUGUUUUAGAACUAGUCUUGGAUGUUUAAAAUGUAUCUUUGACUUUGCUCGUCCUAAUGACAUUAUUUCAAUUUCUCCAA